AUGGAGUUGACUCAAUUGAGACCCUUUGUUCUCACCAGCUUCCUCCUGCACUGCCUCCUGGCCUCGGCAGCGACGCUCCACUAUGACUUCAACAUCACCUGGGUGAAUGCUAAUCCGGAUGGGCAAAUGACCCGUCCCGUCAUUGGAAUCAACGGUCAAUGGCCUCCUCCGGUGCUCAACUUCACCCGCGGGGAUCAGAUCAUCGCCCGGGUGCACAAUGCGCUGGGCAACGAAACUACCAGCCUGCACUGGCACGGCUUCUACAUGAACGGAACAACUCAUAUGGAUGGCCCUCCCAGCGUGACUCAGUGUGAGAUUGCGCCGGGGUCGACUUUUGUGUACAACUUCACAGCGAACCAAACCGGUACCUACUGGUACCAUUCACACACGCGGGGACAGUAUCCUGAUGGACUGCGACAAGCGCUGGUCAUCAAGGACCCAGAGGACCCAUACGCUGGGAAAUACGAUGAAGAGCGGGUCAUCACCCUCUCGGACUGGUACCAUGAUCAGAUGCCCAGCCUGCUGAAGCAAUUCAUCAGCGUCACCAACCCGACGGGCGCCGAGCCAGUGCCUAACUCUGCGUUGAUGAAUGACACGCAGAACUUGACGGUGCCGGUCGAGCCUGGGAAGACGUACCUCUUCCAUCUUGCGAACGUGGGCGCCUUCGCUAGCCAGUACUUUUGGAUCGAGGGUCAUACCAUGCAGAUUGUAGAGGUAGACGGCAUCUGGACUGAGCCAUCGGAAGCGAGUAUGAUUUACAUCACCAGCGCCCAGCGAUACAGCGUCCUAGUGACGAUGAAGAACGACACGACCAAGAAUUAUGCGAUGGUCGGCAGCAUGGAUACUGAUCUCUUUGACCAAGUCCCGUCGACGUUGAACUACAAUGUGACCGGAUGGCUGGUGUAUGAUGAUAGUGCUGAGAAGUCUCCUCCAGCAGCUGUGUCUUCAUUCGACCCCUACGACGACUUCAAUCUCGUCCCUUUUGACCGCGAACAUCUCCUUGGAGAAGCAGACUAUACUGUUUCCUUGGACCUUACCAUGGACAAUCUCGGCAACGGCGCCAACUACGCCUUCUUCAAUGGCAUUACAUACGUGAUGCCAAAAGUCCCGACCCUGUACUCGGUGCUCUCGACAGGGUCGGCGGCCAGCGACCCAGCGAUAUACGGGACCAACACGCACGCUUUCGUCCUCCAAAAAGGAGACAUUAUCGACAUCGUCCUGAACAACGACGACACAGGGAAACAUCCAUUCCAUCUCCACGGGCACGCGUUCCAGGUCAUCUCCCGAAGCGCUGAGAACGCAGGCCACUACAAUGCCAGCAACCACACUGCCUUCCCGCAGACGCCCAUGCGGAGAGACACGCUCUACGUUUUGGGAGGUGGGCAUUUCGUAGUUCGCUUCCGCGCCGACAAUCCAGGUGUAUGGCUCUUCCACUGCCAUAUCGAGUGGCACAUGGAUUCUGGGCUAGCAGCUACCAUGGUCGAAGCACCGCUUGAGCUCCAGAAAACGCUCGUCAUCCCCAGCAAUCAUUAUGAUGUCUGUGCUGCAACUGGAACCAAGACGUCCGGCAAUGCAGCUGGUAAUACCGAAGACUUCUAUGACCUGACCGGCGCAAACACGUCGCCGGCGCCGUUGCCUGCCGGGUUCACAGCCCGUGGAAUUGUGGCAUUGGUGUUUAGUUGCGUGGCGGCUGUUCUGGGGUUGAUCUCGAUCACAUGGUAUGGACUGGCUCCGAUCUCGCGACCUGAAGUACGAGAGGAGAAUAGACACGAGGAUUGA